GUCCACUGUCAUCAUGGCAGUGCCAUGUGUUUCUCUCACUCUUGAUCCACUUAGUAAACCAUAUUCCGCUUAGGCUGAGUUAUGAGGCUUGUCAGUAGAUAAGCUGCUGGAGAUGAGGGCAUUCCGAGCUCAAUUACAGAACGGCCAUGUGAAUCUCGCCCUCAUUAGUGCUGAAAACCCACCGUCGCCCUCUUGACUUUUCAAACAAUUUUUCUCUCUUCACAUCUGCUCAUUGACCUCUUGAAUUCUGUCCAAUGUCCAUUCUCCAUUCGCAUUAGAAAAAAAAAGGAAAAUUUUGGAUUCAACCGAGCCCUAUUCAUCAUGGAAACACCCUCAUCGGCGUCCGAGUCAUUGAAUGACUCGAUCAACAACUUUAACCCUGAAGAUCUCACAACAAACCUUAUAUACUUCAGCAACGAUUUCCCAAACGAUGACCUCAAAGACCUCUUCCGUCGUCUGCACAGACACAGCAAAGAUAGGCGAUUCACAUUGUUGGCUACGUUUCUGGAAAAUUGCGCACGUGUCUUGAAAGAAGAGACAAACCAUUUACCGCAAAGUCUAAGAGAACUCGUUCCACCCUUUGAGACACUUUUCACCCUGGUCGAUGGUGGUCAGUUCCGUCUUGGUCCGUUGGGGGCGUCGAUGGAAAGCGCCUUUCUGUGUGCGCUUCAAGUUGGCAUGAUCAUUGGUCACUAUGAAGGUCGACACAUCGAUUAUGAUCUAAACGCGCAAAAUACGGUUCUAGCCGGGUUGAGCAUUGGACUGCUCGCCGGCGCUGCCGUCUCCCUCUCAAAGGAUCUCCAUCAACUCGCAACCACCGGCGCCGAGAGUGUUCGAGUUGCUUUCCGGCUCGGCCUCUACAUCGAUGAGAUUUCUCGGAAGAUUGAAGUCCGGGAUCCCAAUGCGCCUCCUCAGAGUUGGGCUUAUGUUGUGACCGGCCUGUCCGCUGAGGAGAUUCAGCCUGAGAUCGAUCGCUAUAAUACCAGUAGUGGCAAUACCGAGCUCACCAAAAUCUUUCUGAGUGCCGUGGAUAAGACCUCUGUCAGUGUCAGCGGGCCGCCUUCCCGGCUGAAGGAGAUUUUCUUGCGUUCGCAAAUUCUUCGACAUUCUAAACACCUCCCACUGCCAGUGUAUGAAGGCAUGUGCCAUGCACCCCAUCUCUACAACAAAGAGACCAUUUGGGAUGUAAUCAGCAAGCCUGACCCGAAGAUCCUCCGCAACAAGCGGGUUCAGAUUCCCUUGAUCUCUUCCCAGACAGGGAAGCCCUUCAACUCACUACUGUCGGGCUUCCUCUACGAGGAGAUCUGCGCCGAGCUUCUCACAGGGUCAAUCUUUGUGGACAAAGUCACUGCCGGAAUUUUGGACGGCAUCACGAAGUGCCAUUUCCUGAUCCUACAAGUGAAUUGCUUCCGCCCAACACUUGUCGCGAAUGGCAUUAUUUCCGCUAUUGAACAACAACUACCCCAAGUGGGUAUAAAGCGGCAGGACAUGCUUGACUGGAUUACGGAAGACUUUGGCCCUCGCCAGCCCCGAAAUUUCAAAGAUUCCAAAGUGGCCAUUGUUGGAAUGGCAUGUCGGAUGCCCGGCGGCGCGGAUGAUACCGAGUUGUUCUGGAAAAUCUUGGACGAGGGUCGCGACACCCAUACGCGGGUACCUGCGGAUCGAUUUGACCUAGAGACUCAUUACGACCCGACUGGUAAAACAGAGAAUGCAACCCAAACACCAUUCGGUAAUUUUAUUGAUAGCCCUGGACUUUUUGAUGCGGGGUUCUUUAACAUGUCCCCCAAGGAGGCUGAGCAAACCGACCCAAUGCAGCGUCUUGCUUUGGUAACGGCUUACGAAGCGUUGGAAAUGGCUGGAUAUUCUCCGAAUCGGACGUCUUCGACCAACUGCAAGCGUGUUGGAGCAUAUUACGGACAGGCAAGUGAUGACUGGCGUGAAUUGAAUGCCAGUCAGAAUUUGGGGACGUAUGCAGUUCCUGGUGGCGUUCGUGCCUUUGCCAACGGUCGUAUCAACUACUUCUUUGGGUUUUCUGGCCCCAGUAUCAACCUCGAUACUGCUUGUUCCAGUGGCCUAGCGGCUGUUCAAGCUGGUUGCUCGGCACUGUGGGCCGGUGAAGCCGACACGAUCGUUGCUGGUGGACUAAACGUAAUUACCGAUCCUGACAACUACGCUGGCUUGUGCAAUGCCCAUUUCUUGUCUAAGACUGGCCAGUGCAAGGUUUGGGACCAGAAUGCGGAUGGUUACUGUCGGGCUGAUGGCGUCGGUUCAGUGGUCCUCAAGCGACUCGAGGAUGCUGAGGAUGAUAAUGACAACAUUCUGGGUGUUAUACUUGCUGCGGCUACCAACCAUUCCGCUAAGGCGAUCUCGAUCACUCACCCUCACGCAGGCGCCCAGAAAGAUAACUACAAUCAAGUCAUGCGUGCUGCUGCGAUUAAUCCUCUCGAUGUCAGCUUUAUUGAACUACACGGAACUGGCACCCAGGCUGGUGAUACAGUCGAAUGCGAGUCUGUCUGCGAUGUGUUUGCUCCUCUAUCAUCACGGCGCCGUGCCGAUCAGUCCCUUCUUCUUGGUGCUGUCAAGUCAAAUAUCGGUCACGGCGAGGCUGCUGCAGGUAUCGCAUCUUUGCUGAAGAUGCUUUUGGUCUACCAGAAGGAUGAGAUUCCUCCACAUAUCGGCAUCAAGACUGAGAUCAAUCCUGCUAUCGGCAAGUACCUGGACAAGCGUAACGUCGGGCUCGCCAUGGAGGAGACCCCUUACCCAAGGAAGAAAGGAUCAAGACGUUUUGCUGUCGUCAACAGCUUCGGUGCUCACGGUGGUAAUACAACGGUCCUUCUUGAAGAUGCUCCUGCGCGUCAAGUUACUGGUGUUGACCCUCGGUCAACGCAUGUGGUGACGGUGUCCGCCAAGAGCAAAGCAUCUCUGAAAGGCAACAUCGAAGACCUGUUGUCAUAUGUCGAGAAGAACCCCGCUACGAGCAUUGGCGAUUUGGCUUACACAACCUGCGCUCGACGAAUUCAUCACAAUUUCCGAGUAGCCACUGCAGUAUCUAACACCGAUCAACUUCGCCGGUUUCUGGAGAAUGCGGUGGAAAGCGUAUCUGACCUGCGCCCCGUCCCUCUUGAUGCACCCUCGGUUGCAUUCACUUUUACCGGACAAGGAGCCUUCUACGAGGGGAUUGGCGCCCAGCUUUUUGAGCAAUUCCCUUACUACCGUACGCAAAUUCUGCAGCUGGAUCAACUGGUCCAACGCUUUGGAUACCAAUCAAUCAUCCCUGUCAUAAAUGAAAUCGACGGAUCAACAUUCUCUCCUCUGAUGACCCAGUUGAGUAUCCUUGUCGUGGAAAUUGCUCUGUCAAGGCUCUGGACAUUUCUGGGCAUUCAACCCAACGCGGUCAUCGGACACAGUUUGGGCGAAUACAGCGCUUUGGUAGCUGCUGACGUGAUCUCUGCGGCCGAUGCGAUCCUACUCGUGGGACAACGAGCAUCCUACACAAUGAGCACAUGCGAGGCUGGGACUCAUCUGAUGUUGUCUGUUCUGGCAAGUGUAGACCAGAUUCAGAAGCUCAUCGGAGAAGACGGCAAAUACGAAGUAUCCUGUCGCAAUGGCCAUUCCGACACGGUGAUCAGUGGUAAUCGCGAGGACAUCGAGGAAGUCCGUCAACACCUUGAAGCCAGCGGACUAAAGUGCACUCCACUGCAUUUGCCUUUUGCAUUCCACACGAAACAGAUGGACCCAAUGCUAGAUUCCUUCGAGCAGAUGGCCAAGGGUGUUUCUUUCAAGCCUCCGAGGCUUCCCGUCAUCUCACCUCUCCUGGGCGCGUGCGUGUUUGACGGAAAGACAAUCAAUGCCGCGUACCUACGUCGUGCGUCACGCGAGCCUGUGGACUUUGUUGGUGCUCUUGAUGCAGCCCAAGCGAUGGGCAUUAUUGACUCUCAAACAAUCUGGGUUGAGGUUGGACCGCAGCCUAUUUGUGCUUCUUUCAUUACGAAGCAUAUCCAUCACACAACGACUUUGCCAUCACUGAAGAAGAACGAAGAUAACUUCACGACCAUUGCAAAGGCUCUUGCAUCUUUGCAUACUAGCGGUGUACCUAUAUCAUGGAAUGAGUAUUACGCGCCAUAUGAGUCUUCUCAUAUCCUUCUCAACCUCCCCCACUACCACUGGAAUGUGAAGAACUACUGGAUUCAGUAUAUCGGAACCUGGACACUUGACAAGGCGCUCUUGAAGUACGGCCAGAAUAAAUCAAAGGGUGCAUUUGAUAUGCACAGCGCGUCGAAUCUUCGGACUUCAUCUGUCCAUCAGAUUACCCUAGAAGAGAUUACUUCCACUACUGGACAGCUGAAGACCGUAUCCGACGUGAUGCAUCCUGACUUCCUUUCUUCGAUAAAGGGACAUGCUAUGAACCAUCAUGGCGUUGCCACUUCGUCAAUUUGGUGCGACAUGGCCUACACUGCUGGAGAGUAUCUUUUCAAGCGGAUGAGCCCCGCAUGUAAACAGGUUCACAUGAAUCUAGCCGAUAUGGAAGUCCUUCAUGCUAUCGUUGCCAAGAAGGUCUCCAGUCGUUCUCAACUUAUCGCUCUCGAGUGCAAUCUGAAUAUAUCGUCCCGCACAAUGACGCUCGCAUGGUCCCAGCUUGAAGGAAACGGCAAUAGCGACCAAGUACCUUUCGCAACAGCUAAGAUGUACUUUGAAGAGGCCGCAGAUUGGCGAAACGAAUGGGACCGCCUCACCCACCUUGUUACAGGCCGCAUCGAGGCUCUAGGUCAGAUGGCAAGCACAGGCGCCUGCAACAAGAUUUCCAAGAAUCUGACGUAUAGUCUGUUCAAGAAUGUGGUCGACUAUGCCGACAAGUAUCGUGGCAUGGACUCGGUCGUUCUGAAUGGGUACGAAGCUUAUGCCGAUAUCACCUUGAUACCAGAGACACACGGCAACUGGCACACGCCACCUCAUUGGAUCGAUCCGGUCUGCCACUUGGCCGGUUUCAUUAUGAAUGCUAGUGACGUCUUGAACACUAAGGAUUACUUUUAUGUCACUCCAGGAUUUGGGACCUCCCGUCUCAUUGAACCCCUUUCGCCAUCGGCAAAGUAUCGCAGUUACGUUCACAUGUUGCCUACUGCCAACGCCAACAUGCAUGCGGGAGAUGUCUACAUUCUUCGUGACAAUGUUAUUGUCGGUAUGCUAGGCCAGAUCAAGUUUAAACGAAUUUCCCGCAUCCUGAUGGGUCAAUUCUUCUCGCCCAGUGAGGAGAGUGUUUCCGCUCACGCCUCCCCAACACCUCCUCCAUCCGUAGGAGUUGAGCCAGCUGUUCCCCCUGCUUCCGUCGAUAAGGUAGUUAAAGUGACGCCUCCGUCGUCGUCGUCGUCGUCGUCGUCGUCGCCGCCGCCACCGCAGGCGAUUAAGACCGAGUCCGCGGUGGUAGCAAAGUCGGUGCCCGUCGAGGCUGAGACUGGCGUCGUUGGCGAAGCUGUUUCUCUUAUUGCACGUGAGACUGGCCUUGAAGUUUCCGAGGUUGCGGACGAGACAACAUUUGUACAGAUAGGAGUUGACUCAUUGAUGUCGCUUGUUCUUGCGGAGAAGUUCAGAAGCCAACUGCAACUUGAUGUGAAGAGCUCGUUGUUCCUCGACUGUCCCACGAUUGGUGACUUGAAAGGGUGGUUGGAGCAGUAUUGCUAAGUCAGUUAGAUUACCUGGUCCUCCUUUGUUUCAACUUGAAGAGAUUUGUCUGUAUUACCUUGAACCUCAGAUUCUUGAUUAUAUAAAGUAUCUUCCUACCUACCUACUCCGUACCUAGGUUCAGAAUACUAUAGUCUAUGGAGCACCCAAAUUACCUAUUAACUAGGUACCAUAGCGUAAGGUACCUUUAGUGGGGAGGUUAUAGGUACAAAGUAACAGAGUACUUUUGCACAAGUGGGAGGUAUAAAUCCUACAAGUAACUGUAUGUUGUGCUGCUGUGCUGCUGUGUCGCUGUGCAAGAUAACAGCGUGAACUUGGAAUUAUACUUGGUAUUGGUAUGGGUAAUCGGUAUUGAUUUAAUUAUACUC